AUGUCGCGAAGCAUCGCCGGGCUUGCGCUUGUCGCUGCGGCACUCGCUGCACCAGCAGCACUUCCAAGAGCAGCCAGCGAGUACGACUUUAUCGUGAUCGGAGGUGGUACUUCAGGACUCGUCGUUGCCAACCGACUGAGCGAGGACCCCAACGUAUCUGUGGCAGUCAUUGAGGCUGGUGGAUCUGUCUACGACAACCCAAAUGUCACUAGCACCACGGGCUAUGGCCUUGCCUUUGAUACCCCCAUCGAUUUCGCCUACCAAAGUGAGCCUCAGCCAUAUGCAGGAAACAAGACGCAAGUCAUGCGAGCGGCCAAGGCUCUGGGCGGCACCAGCACGAUCAAUGGAAUGACUUACAUGCGUGCUGAGACGGGUCAGAUUGACGCCUGGGCAAAGCUCGGCAACAACAUCACCUGGGACUCUCUUCUGCCGUACUACAAGAAGGCCGAGUCGUUUGAGAAACCAUCGUCGGCCCAGGUCGAGGACGGCGCAUCAUACAAGGCUGAUGCUCAUGGAUUCACUGGUCCAUUGGCCGUCGGCUGGCCAGCUACCAUGGUCGGCGACAACUUUGCCGGCAUCCUCAACAGCACCUUUGACGCCCUUGGCCUUCCGUGGAACGGCGAGCCCAAUGCUGGUUACAUGCAUGGAUACAACAUCUUCCCCAAGACGUUGAACACCUCUGCCGACAUUCGCGAGGAUGCAGCUCGCGCAUACUAUUUCCCAUACGAGUCGAGAUCGAACCUUCAUGUCUACUUCAACUCUCAUGCCAACCGCUUGACCUGGGCCAAUGCUUCUUCCGACUCCAAGCCUUUCGCAAACGGCGUGGAGUACACGGAUGCUUCAGGAGCAUCUCAAACCCUCUGCGCCAAGAAGGAAGUCGUCAUCUCUGCAGGUAGUUUGCGAUCUUCCGUGAUUCUCGAGUACUCGGGAAUUGGCAACCCAACCAUCCUGAACAAGUACGACAUCGAUGUCAAGGUUGACCUUCCUGCCGUUGGCGAGAACCUCCAAGACCAGACCACGACGGAUACCGCCUACACCGCGUCCAAGAACUUCACUGGCUCCGGAGGCCACAUUGGCUACUUCAACGCUCGCGAUGCAUACGGAGACGACUUGGACAAGGUCAGCGCUGAAGUCAAAGCCUCGUUCCCCGCCUACGCCAAGACCGUCGUCGACUACACCGGCGGCGUGGUCAACCAAUCCGCGCUGGAGACGCUCUUCAACAUCCAACACAAGAUGAUCUUCGAAGACCUCGACGUCAUUUGCGAAGUCAUCGUCAACGCGCCCUCCUCCGGCGCCGCCUCUCUCCAAUACUGGGGUCUCCUCCCCUUCUCGCGCGGAAACAUCCACAUCAACUCCGCCGACCCAGCCGCCGCAUCCUCCAUCCAACCCAACUACUUCCAACUCGACUGGGAUCUCAAACAACAAAUCGCCACCGCCCGCGCCGCCCGCUCCGUCACCACCACCGCCCCCUUCAGCGACAUGAUUACCGGCGAAACCACCCCCGGUCUCGACCUCGUCCCCGCCGACGCAAGCGACGAAGUCUGGGGUGAGUGGCUCAAGUCGACGUACCGCUCCAACUUCCACUACAUUUCCACGGCGGCCAUGAUGCCCCAGGAGAUGGGAGGUGUGGUCGACAGUGACCAUGUGGUAUAUGGAACGGCCAAUGUGCGAGUCGUGGAUGCUUCGGUGUUGCCUUUCCAGGUGUCGGGUCAUUUGACGAGUACGUUGUACGCGCUUGCCGAGAGGGCUGCGGAUCGGAUUAAGGAGACUUAUUAG